GUUGUAUUUGGAUGCUACUGAACUAGCUAAAGAAACGUCGGACAACACUGAGAUGUUUCUCCCUAAGUAAGUGAAUAUUUGCUGAAUUAAUGAUUUCAAUCAUUAAAAUGUUUAACAUAUUUAAAAAUAUGUCCAUGAUUAGUCCGAUUGCCAACUGCUCAAUUUUUAUUGUGUGAAAUUUUUACAGGAACGAUAGAUACGAUUCCUUACGAAUAUGUAUUGGGGAAACGUUAUUUCAAAAACUGAAGGAUGUACAAUUAUUUAUGGUAGGUUUUGUGUCUAUGAUGUGUUAGUACUUGCCAGUCUUGUUGUGAUUUGUGAGACAAUAUCGACAUAAUCAAUUUUCAUUUGUAUUUGCAUUUGCAUUUGUUUCUAAAAUAAAACCGGAAUAGUAGAUUUUGAAAUCGUCUGAAAAUCCAAUAUUUCUUUAUGUCUCUGAGAGCAUAUGUUCACAGGCUAAUAUCAUUGAAAUUUGUGACAUAAAGGAAUAUUGGAUCUUCAGAUAUACGUCUCAAGAUUUCUGGACUGAAGUCUCAUUUUUUUCACCAAGAAUUUAUCAAGGCUUGUUCUGUUAUGCAUUAUUACAAGCCCAACAAAAACGCUACUAUACGAAAUCAAAGUUUUAACAAUAACAUUAUCUUCAGUAAUGAACGAAUAUACUACUAUUCAUUGACAUGUGCAGCCACAUUAAAUCCUGCCUUUUGUCGUAUUGUUUUGAAAGGUUGGAUGUGGUGCUAUUGGUUGUGAAAUGUUGAAAAAUUACGCAAUGAUUGGCAUUGGGACAGGUCCCAAAGGCAAAGUGAGUAUUAAUAAUAAUAAUAAUAAUAUUUAUUCAGGAAGCUGCACUCACCGAAGUGUUUUUCAGGGAGGUAUAUAUAUAUAUAUAUAUAUAUAUAUAUAUAUAUAUAUAUAUAUAUAUAUAUAUAUAUAUAUAUAUAUAUAUAUAUAUAUAUAUAUAUAUAUUAUACAUGGUAAACUAUACUAUGCUUAUUUAAAAACUUAAAUUUAAAAUAUUUACAAAUGGAUUAUAUAUAAUUAUACUUCAUAUAGUUAGACAAAAACUCAACUUAAUUAGAUAUUAAAUUGUUCAACUUAAUUAGAUAAAUUGUUUUAGUUUGGAUUUAAAGAGAUUAAGAUUAGUAGAUUGUUUCAGUUCAAUAGGUAAUGAGUUCCAAUAUCAUCAUUGCAGUUUUUAAAGAUAUAGGAAGUAUAUAUAUCAGGGUUCGUUCAGGUUCGUUUGAAAGUCCUUGAAUGUCCUUGAAUUUGAAAACAGAAAUCCAAGACCUUGAAUAUCCUUGAAUUUGUAAAGAAGUACUAAUUAAAAGUCCUUAAAUUCUUCUUGCUUUAGUUUAUGGAUCUUUUCUGAAAUUGUUUGACAAUCAAAAACGGACAUUUUGGUUGAAUUGAUUUUGCAUGUUCAUAUCUGACAAAGCUGUUUGAAACUCAUUAAAGUUGCGUUUUUAACAAUCCUACGUCACAUUUUACUGAUUUGUAACGCCUUCUCUUAAGUAUUCAGUCCUUGAAUUUGUUGAUACAUGGUUUUGAAUGUCCUUAACAAGUCCUUGAAUUUGACUCUUCCUGACAUGUACGAACCCUGAUAUAUAGACAAAAACCAUCUUACAAUUUAGGUACAUAGUUAUCUUUCUGAGACUUUAAUGGACGUUUUAGGGGAACUUUAAGGGAACUUUUUGCCCCUCCAGGCCAUAAAUUCUUGACCAAACGAAGGAUGAGAGUUGAGAAGCGAGAGUUCGCAUGAGAGUUUUCUCAAUUCACAUGGCCCGGUCAAAUGAGAACAAGAGUUGCAUUAGAGUUGACGAGAGUUGGAGAGAUAUUACCAAUCAAACGAGCAAGAACUCUAGUCAACUCUCAUCCAAAUUUUAACUAGCUCAGACUCAAACGCGUACGACAGUUGCAACUCUCAUGAACUGUCAUCCUUGGUUGAUCAUCCUUGGUUUGCCCGAUACAGAUAAACAAAAAAGCCAUAACAAAUAUUUUUUAUUUAGGUUACAAUAACAGACAAUGAUUUAAUUGAGAAAUCAAAUUUAAAUCGUCAGUUCCUGUUUCGACCACGAGACAUCCAGGUAAGAAUCCCUAAAAAACUGUAAAAUAUUCCAAAAUAAUGGGCGUACUAUUGUGUAUAAUAAUUAUAAUUUGUUUAUAAUUGUUUUAAACUUUGUUUUUCAUAGAAAUCAAAAUCAUUAACGGCUUCAAAAGCAAUUCUUGAAAUUAAUUCUGAAAUAAAAAUUGAUCCACACCAACAUAAAGGUUUGUGUUAUAAGUAAAAAACUCAUUAAUAUAAUUCAUCAAGAAAAUUGAGUGUUUAAUAACUUGUAAAUCGGAUAAAGAUUUCUCCUCAUUUACAUAACAUUUAGCUUCGAAUUUCGUAGCUAAAACAAAAUUAGUUAUCAAACAUCAAAAAAUGUCCGUGAAACUUUCUGCAAAAGUGUAGAUCCCUCAAAUUUUUCGCAUCUGGUUUUUGGUGGAGGGGGGGGGGCAGGAGAAAAAUAUUUGUUUUCUGUUUGUAUGGAAAUAUGUUUUAUUAUUUAAAUACAUUUAUUAUUUUUGUAGUUUCACCAGAAACGGAAGAGAUUAUUUACACGGAUGACUUUUUCCGAUGUAAAAAUAUCAUUGUUAAUGCUUUAGAUAAUGUUGAAGCGAGGCGCUAUGUCGAUAGGUAAAUCAAUGUAUAUUGAUAAGCUAAGCUACAUUAAUUAGCUCUGUCAGUUAUACUGUUCAGUGUUCUUCCUAGAGGUCCAGUAAGAGCCAUCCCUUAUUGGUUUAAUUUUCUUACUGGUUCGAGUGUUCGACCUAUCAGUUCUAAAGUCUGGUCAGAGCGAUUUCUCAUUGGUUCAGUAUUAUCACAAAUUGAAACCUAAUCUAAACUACGUUUAUUUAUACUGGGUAGCUCUAUCAGUUUCAAACUGUUCUCCCAUGAGGUUCAGCAAGGGUAAUCUCUUAUUGAUCCAGUAUUAUUACAGGAGGAGACCUAAUCUAAACUAAGUUUAUUUAUACUAGAUAGCUCUAUCAGUUCUAAAUAUACUGUUCGAACCCUCACCAUGUUUUUAAUAUCCAUCUUUCUCUUCUUUCUUUCUAGUCGAUGUGUGACAAACCAAGUUCCACUUUUAGAAUCUGGAACAAUGGGACCCAAGGGCCACAUACAGGUUGGCUUUAAAGCAAUUGCAUGAUUUGUGUUUUCUUCUUAAAACUUUAUAUUCUAUUUGAUCUGUUUGUAUAACGUGAAUAAGCUAUCCAGAACGUUUCUUCCCAUUUACCUCAUUCAUCAUUAAAUUUCUUUUCGUGUUAGUGUGUUGUUCCACAUCUUACGGAGUCGUAUUCAAGUCAGGUAUUUUUGCAUGUUUUCACAGCCAUUUUUAUUUAAAAGCAGUGUGCUCUUGAAAGGGAAACGAGUUACCAUCCAGACUUAUUCCAACGGACCAAACAAUGUUGGCUCUACACCAUCCAACAAUUUUCAUAUAAUGUUUUAUACUCUCGCUUUCACAAACAUAUUUUAAAAACUGAGACCUGAUUUUUACAAGCUUUCUUAAAUUGCCAGGUGAUCUGACGAUGAGCAAAAGGACUGGGACUAGCAGCAGAAUAGAAAUCCAGUUUCGUACCUUUAAUCACUUGUCACGCCCUGAUUCUUUUGCGAAACUGUUUGAAACUUCGUGUCUGUGUCUUGCACGGGGAAAUGAAUGUCUGGGACAAAUUUGAGAUAGAAAUCUAAAACCCUUGAUGAGAUAUUGAGUAAUUUUAAACCAGAGAUGGAUUUCUAUUCUACAACUAGUGCCAGGCUUUUUCCAAGUUCCGAGAUCACCUGGUGGUUGUUGAUUCGUAAAACCCAGAUAAAACUACAGUAUUUAUAAACUAAAAUUUAUUUUUAUUACUUGUGAAGUCCAUUUCCGUAGUUUUAUAACUUUUCAAAAAUUUUUUUAAAAGGUUAAAAAUAUCACUAUCCGGUGGAUAGCACUAUUUUCAAAUUACAUAAAUCUUAUCAUUUUACCCAAAAGAUUCGAAAAUUACGCUGUUAAACCAAAUAUUUCAAUACCGUUGCUUGAUGUUGGGUCUUGAACAGGCCUUAAUAAUGGACCUUUAACCUUAUAACUAAAAUUUUGAUCUAGACAAAUCUGGACAAAAAUUUCAUCACAGCUUGAAAGAGCAUCACAACAUUAGUAAUAUUCCGAAGUUUCGUUGCGAAAUGUUGUAAAAUGCGGAUAAUAUAGCCCUGCGAAAUUUGCAAUUUUCAGUAAUUUUGUAUUACGCACGGGAAAUUGAUGCCCCAACACCCGAUUGGGCUGUCAAUUUCCCAUGCGUAAUACAAAAUGACUGAAAAACGGCAAACUUCACAAGGCUAUAUUAUCCGCAUUUUACAACAUUUCUUAACGAAACUUUGGAAUAUUACUAAUUUUGUGAUGCUCUUUCACGCUGUGAUGAAAUUUUUGUCUAGAUCAAAAUUUUAGUUACAAGGGGAAAGGUCAUAAAAUGAACAAGCUUUCGUAAUUGGUACGGAUGCAACUACCUAAAAAUAUAUAAGGAGAAUUUCGAGACCCUUCGUCUGGAGUUACUAGCCAAUAUUUCAGAAGUUUUAAAAGAUUUUGUUUCUACGACACAUUCUAGCGUGACCCCGAAGACCAUGAUGUCCCUUAUUGUACCCUGAAAUCCUUCCCUGCUGUUAUUGAUCACACUAUCCAGUGGGCAAGAAAUAAGGUCUGUUUAGAGAUCAGAAUUGCAGUACUUCAAUUUUACGUUUUUCUAAAACUUAACAUUGUAGAAUUUCUUUGGUUUAGUUCGAAAGUUGCUACUCACACAAACCUCAGUUAUACAACAAGUUCUGGUCUAACAACAACUCCGUUCCUGAUCUUCUACAGGUAAUACCAGCCUGGAUCUAGGGCUUUUGCGCGGCAGGCGGCUCUUCAUUUGCGGGUUAAUCCAGACUUCUCGCGUGAAAAAGCGCUGAAAUAUAAAUAUAGAAGGCCCUAUACACGUAAAAACGCACACGUUGUUACAAGUCGGCAAACAAGUUGUUACAAAUCUGUUCAAAAGCUGUCGACAAGUUGUAUUCGCACUGAUUAUUCCCAGUUCUUGUAACAAGUUUGGAACAUGUUGUUAACAUCUUGUAACAAGCUAGAUGGCAUUAUCAGACUUAUUGGAUCCAAAUUGCACUCAAAACCAACAAGAUGUGUUCGCAACAGGCUUGAUGUGUUUGCAACAGGCUUGUAGCAAGCUUGUCAACAAGUUGUAACAAUGCUGUUAUUUAUCAACUUGCUACAAGAUUAUCAUUCACAACUUGUUGACAAAUUGUUGAAUUUCAGGACCAUAACAAGUUGUUGGACCAUACUAACUUGUGACAAGUCUGUUGUGCUCAGCAACCUUGUAGCAAGUUCUGAACAAGCCAUAAUUGACAACUUGUCAACAUGCUGGGAACAAGCAGUGCGAACACAUCCUGUUGGCAAGUUGUUGGAACCAACAACAUUGCUACAAGUCUGCUGCAGGUUUGUUACCACUACCAUUGAGCUCCCCAGUAUUUAACCCUUCCCCCUUAGUAUUUAAUAUCUAAAAUAAAAGGGGAGAUACUGGUCAUUUUCCAGAACAAUUUUUUAUUUUUGAACAUUUUGGUUUUGAUUUCCCGCGCUUUCAAUCUUUUUGCAGUCGCUGAGAAAUGGAGAUAAGCCGGACGGUGUUAUUUUAGCAGCAAAAUCUUUGAGGUCUUGGCCAAAGAACUGGCACGACUGUGUCGCUCGAGCCAGAUUGCAGUUUGAAAAAUACUAUAAUCAUAAGGUACGUUAUUUAUAUGAUGGACUAAAAUUGGUCUAUAAUUCCAUAUUAUUGACAACCAAAAUUUAUAUUCAGCCAUUUCCUCUCCUUCAACACUUUCAACUGUUUCUGAUGUUUGUACAAGUUGUUACAGGUCUGCAAACAAGUUGUUACAAAUCUGUUCUGACUGUUCACAAGCUGUUGACAAGUUGUGUUAGCAAUGCUUGUUCCCAGUUGUUGGAACAAGUUUGGAACAAGCUGUUAACAACUUGUAACAAGCUUGAUAGCAUCAUCAGACUUGUUACAAGGUUGUUCUAACAAGUUUUAUACAGUCAUGAUAUAACAAGAUUGUUACAAGGUUGACGACACAAGUUUAUAACAAUAUUAUUAUAUCAACCUUGCAACAAACCUGAUAAUAUCAACAAAGUCGUUACAAGAGUCUCGCAUCUUGUAGCAAGUGUGUCCACGAGCCGUCAACAAGUUAUGCUCGCACUGCUUGUCCCAAGUUGUCAACAAGUAUGGAACAAGCUGUUAACAAGUUGUAACAACCUUGUUGAUGUUAUUAGACGUGUUGCAAGGUUGUUCCAACAAGUCCGAUACAGUCGUUUGACACUGAUUCGGUUAUCCCGAACUGCCGCUAUUUGUAACUGUUUCUGUUUCCCUUAGUUGUUUGAGAUAGCGGGGCUCUGGGACUCUACGUUCACUUUAGUACCACCAAGUACUAAUCAUAUAUAGGUAGUCAAAGUAUAGCUAAAGUAAAAAUUGUAUUUUUAGGCAAAACAGUUGUUGCACGCAUUCCCACGUGAUACGAGGCUGAAUGAUGGAAGUAAGUCUCACAAGUGUCUAUUAUAGUCGUCUCUUCAGGGAGAAUAAUUCUUCAUAUUCUCAAUCUCUUUCAAUAAUUAUUAAGAGGAAACUUUUUUCAAUGUUGUGUAUUUGCAAUGAAAAGUGUUCAAAACCUAAAAUCGUUUUGGCGUUCCUCUCAAAAUUACUUUGUUUUAGCUUCAUUUUGUAGUUUGCACAGUUGGCAACCUUUUCAAAUGUAUCUGGCUGUAGAGAAACAUAGAAUAAUAGUUAAAUAUUGUCAAUUUAAAUACAAUUAUCAUUGAUGCUGUAACAUUGAGUCCAUAUAAUAUAAGCAAAACUUACUGAACUUCACAUAUCAUUUUCUCUUUUGCGUACCAUCUAAAAUCUCUUCAUUUUAGCAUUAUUUUACAGAUAAAGCACUAAACAUACUUUUUACGUUUGUUUGCCGCUUAAAAAACGUAUUGAAAAAUAAAAUUUUUGAAUGCACACACGUAAAAAGCACAAGUUGUUACAAGUCUGCAAACAAGUUGUUACAAAUCUGUUCACAAGCUGUCGACAAGUUGUGUUCGCACUGCUUGUUCCCAGUUGUUGUAACAAGUUUAGAACAAGCUGUUGACCAGGGUUCGUACGCCCCCUGGAAGUCCUGGAAAACCCUGGAUUUUUAUUUUAGUCCUGAAAAACCCUUGAAAAUCCUGGAAUUUCAAAUUUAUCCCUGGAAAACCCUGGAAAACUGAGAAACUGAGCUGGGUUUAGGAUCAUACCUAAACUAUUUAAGACUAUCUUAAAAAGAAAGAUUGAACAAAAGGUUCUUGCAUUAUAUAUAGUCAGAGAUAUAGUCAAACUAUGAAUAUAUUUCGUUCAAACUGGUACAAACCCAAAAGUAUCUGUGCAAGAUGAAGUACUAGCCGUCGCGAACGUUUCUUAUCCGUUAAACACUUAUAGAUUUAUAUUUCAAAUGCCCCUGGAAAACCCCUGGAAAAAGGAUGAAAAAGUCCUGGAAAACCCUGGAUUUUUUAAAUUAUGAAGGUGUACGAACCCUGGUUAACAUCUUGUAACAAGCUAGAUGGCAUUAUCAGACUUGUGACAAGGUUGUUCUAACAAGUCUGAUACAGUCAUGAUAUAACAAGAAUGUUACAAGGUUGACCAGACAUGGUUGUAACAAUAUUGUUAUUUCAUGACUGUAUCGGACUUGUUGGAACACCAUGUAACUAGCCUGAUAAUAUCAACACGGUUGUUAAGACUGUUAACAGCUUGUUCCAAACUUGUUGACAACUUGUGACAAGCAGUGCGAAGACAACUUGUUGACGGCUUGUUGACAAACUUCAGCGCGUGUUACGUAACAUACAAAAAAUUCUUCUCUUUAAUUAAUCAUUUUCCCUCUUUUUCAGCGUUAUUUUGGCAAUCACCAAAACGUCCACCCACGGCUAUAGUGUUUGACAUAAACGAUGCAUUGUAAGUUAAACUGUGUUUCAAUAAAAUAUGCCUUUGAAGUGGAUUGGUAAAUGUCACCGUAUGGUUAUAAUUUUUAGACAUUAUUCAUUCCUGGAGAGUGCAGCAAGACUACAUGCCUCCGUUCACAAGAUUCACUUCUCUCCUCAGGUAUCGAUAUUAGAGAGGUUCAAAUACCGUUACCUCUCACUGGCUCAGUAUUCAUCUGGGGCCGGUUGUAUCAAAGGCGUUUAACUUAAACGGUGUUUAGCCGCUAUCCAGUGUAUAAAUCUCUUAUCCAGCGGAUAGUUAAACGGCCGAUAAAAUUGCGUUGUAUGAAGCCCGUUUAGUACCGCGUUUAACUAUCCGUAGGAUAACCUUUAAUUUAACCGGAGAAAACCGGAUUUUCUUGAAAUUUCUUACCUCUACCACAGAGGAUAUACUACACAGAGGUGGAACUCAGCCAAAAAAGUGUAACCGGCCGCCAAAAGCUUAGCCAGUGCGCUAAAGAGAGGCAUUCACCCCCCCCGAACUCAAAUUUCAAGAUGGCGCCCGAGUGUUUCAGAAAAUAAUCGGCACGAGAAACACUUGUUAUUUUGCUCAUAACAGUUUUCCUUUACUAAAGUUGUUAUUAACAUGUUUAUAUAAUUCGUCCUUGAAAGAUGUGUUGGUAUGAAAAACCUUUGAAGAUUAUCUACCGAUUUAUAUGGCACUAUUAUUCAUCGUAGGAGUGGAAAAUUGAAAUUCCGAAAUUACCGAGAAAUUAAUACUCAUGUGAGCCAUGUCUAAAGGAUUUAGAAGAAAUGUAAAUGGUAUAAUAACUUAUGCGCAGCUGGAUAUCGUUGUAUUUAAUAUUUUGUGAAAUACUUAGGCAGAAAUCAGUCAAGAUUUCACUAUUUGAAACUAUAGCCCUAAUAGCCGUAUCUGGCACCCUGUUUAUAAUAGUGAUAAAAAGCAUAAAAUGUGAGGAAUGUUGGUUUUUUACAUUUCAAACACGCUAUAUUAAAAAAAAUAUGAUGUACAUAGUUCAUAAUUAACAUCGUUCAGGUUGCUGUUCUUUAAAUGAGUUUUGAUUAGAGUUUCUGAAUGAGAUGCUGAAACAAUGUGAAAGUUGGGUAUUCUUUACUUUCAUAUGUUGUGAUGCAACAUAUCGGCACAUGGUGGUCAACUCUAAAAGGAAACAGUUCCUGGUGUGAGUAAAUUUUUCACUAUAUGUCUUGACCUCAUGUUUGCUGGUGAAUACAUGCAAUUUAGCCUCAUUUGCUCGCUCCCGAAGUCAUUAGUGUUGAUACAUGUAAUGUUGACCACCAUGUAUAACUCUAUGUAUAACACCUUGAUGUUACCAAUUGUUUACAUCAGAAGGUACAUAUGUGCAGAACAGACUUGACCGUCUGUUCAUCUCUAACCCAUUGAGUCGCAUUGUGCACUAAUGCGCCCUAUUUUAUUAUUUUAAUCGCAGGGCCGUAGGUUCAAUUCCUACCAGAGGACCUUGUGCUGCAUUUUUCGCAGUCGUUCCUGGUCAGGUCUUAAAAUGUAUAUAAUCACUUGGAUUACAAACCCUAACAUUCUUUAUUAUUUUACUCUGUCUAACGCCAGAUUAUUUUACUCCGUCUAAUGCUAUACGAUUUUACUUGUCAAGGGGAGAGCGCUGGCACUUAGUGGGUUAACUCGUCUAUCUGCCCAUGAUGUGUCUAGUUAACCCAUUGAGUCACAUUGCACCCUACUUUAUUAUUUUCUGUCUAAUGCCAGAUGAUUGUUUUGUAUAAUAGGUUUUAUAUUUGGGAUUUUUUCCUCCCAUGUUUUGCUCUCCCCAGGCCUAACACUAUUUUGCUUGAAGCUCGACCAAAGUUUGAUCAUUUACAAAAUGCAUUUACAAUACAAAACAAAUAAGAGUUGAAAACCUGUUAUACAAACAAUACAGAGUUGCCUGCAGAGGAGGCAAAAAUAGAAUAUGAUUUAUAACAGCAAAUCACAUUGAAUUGUAGAAAUCGAAGAAAAAUAUAACAUUCAAACAAUUGAUGUAAACAAUGUAUUUUUCAGUCUUUUCAAUAUAUCCACAUUUAUCAAAUGUUCAUAUUUUACCAUUAUUUGUCUGACACUCCAGGGCUUAACACUGAUACAUGUAGGAUAAUCUGUGCUGAAAAAACUGGAGGUAAACAGUUGGGGGGCUGGAAAAAAUUCUUCACGACCUGGCCUUUACAUGCAGCUAAUGUAGAAUUCAAUGGCUUAUUAUUACCUACAUUACAGGAAACAAAAACUUGAAUCUAUAGAUUCACCUCUCACACUCUGGCCUAUAGCCUCACUUCUACUUCCAGGGAAAGUGAAAUUGUCACACUCACACAUUAUUAGUUCCUUCUAUGGUGCAUAUGGCUCAAGAAUUUUAACAGUGUCAGUGAAAAUGUCCAAUGUUUAUUCAACCAUUAAUUCACCCUCAACCCAUGCAUGUACAGGCUGAAGUUAUCUGGUAUGCCUAUAUGCACAUGGGGAAAAUUUUGAGUACAAAAAUAAAAGGUUAACCAACAAUCUUGCUAGCAUUUUUAAUCAAUACACCCAGGGGUGAAGACCUUGGAACUUCUUAAAGAGGGACAUAAAAAUCCAUUUCAAAGGAAUGUUGUCACCCAAAUAUUUGGCUUAAAAACUGUAUUAUUUAUGCAUUUCCGGGGAGCUGGUUCAAAAAUCUCUUGGAAAAUAUUUCCAGGGGAGCCAAUGAAAAACAUUAUUUUUGGAAACUCCAGGAUGUUUUGAAGGUCUUCACCCAAAAUCACUACUUAAAUACUGAACACUGAAAAAUAUUUGGGUUUUUAUCAAAUUUGCCAAUCAUCAUUUGCUUCAUCAUAACUUGCCCAGUCUACAAAUGGGAAAAAUUGUUGUCAAAAAUGUUGUGUCUUGGGCAGGCAUUACUUAUUACUUGAUUAGUCUAUUACAAAGCCAUGGGUAGCCUGUCCUCCCAUCUAGGUGCAUGCUUAACAUGACUGGUGCAUAUAGAAAUUAUUUUGGAAAAGAAUGUCACUAUAUUAUUUCAUACAUACAAUAAAAUAAACUAAUGCACAUAUCAACGGCCUGCCCGGGGGGUCACCCCCGGGACAACCGGGGGGAAACGAGGGGGAAUUUGGUAUUUUAGCCGUGUAUUCUGCCCGUGAACCCCGGGGAAAUUACAAACUUCGCAAUAAUAGGACGACAGGGGGAGGGGAAGUGGGGGACUUUGACAUGACAAUUUGAAUUUUAUAAAUGAAGUGAACAAUUGGUGCAAACUCAAAAUUGCAGGCUCACGAAGAAAAAUAUCGAUCGCCAACUUAUUAUUUAUGAUAUUUUGUAGUGGUCUUGCUAAAAUUUGAAUAAAUAAAUACAGAAUACAUGAGUGCCAUUGUGAUACCCCAGUUUGUAUGAUAAUUUCAGGGUGUUAGCCAGAAAAAACCCGUUUUGUCCGUUCAACGUAAAUUGGGAAAUUUUUUUUUGACCGAUCAAAGUCCUUGUGUAGGAAUAAAUAGUGUUUUUUCCAACGUGUUUCUUCUUAGAUGCAAACAACAGUGGCUUGGUUUUUUCUAUUUCAUUUCCGGUGAAUGAACACGGAUGCACACCGAUGCCUGCACUUUGUUUUGUACAUUUCAUUUCAGUGAAUACCUCUAUGGUGAAUACACACCCAAUAUGAAUGAAACGUGAUACAUUUUGAGAAAAUAGUUAAUGGAAAAAGUAAAUAAAACGUUCUUUGAUAUAAUAAUAUAAAAUCAAAUGCAAUGCACUUUCUCAUCAGAAAAAAUGAAAAUCUUCCAGUAGACCCAGUUGGGAAAGCCCCUUAACUACUUCAAUUGGGAAGAGUCCGUCAAAUGGACGGACAGUAUAUGGGCUAGCUAACACCCUGAAUUUUUAAUUGUUUGUAUGCUAUUUAUAAUAUGAACUACUUUAUUCUAAGCCCCAGGAGGGAGGGCAGUUUGACUUACACAUUUCCCGGGGGAGGGAGGGGGAAUUAAUGCAUUAGAAUCAUGUUUUUUCAAAGUCCCGGGGUGUCCCGGGGGUGUACCCCCAGGGCAGGCCGUUGAUAUGUGCAUAAGCAUCAGUUAAAUUCCAAUUAUUAUUAGCAUUCACAAACAACAGUGUUACUACAGCCAAAAUAGCAACAAAAUAUAUAAAUCACAGACAAAAUAUAUAAAUCACAGACACAGCUGAUUGAGCUGAAUGCUUAUAAAUGGAACUACUGAACUUAUAAUAGUGAACUACAGUACAUACAAGUAUACAACUGUAAAAUAUCAGUAAAAAGUUGUAAAAACAGAUUAUGUCAUUAACUAUAUUCUGAAUUCGUAACCCUCUGCACUCUUAAUUCCUGACUAUCAGACAAAUAGCAAAAAAUAGCAUGAAUGUGUUAUUGUUAAGUUUUUAAUAGUCAAAAGAUUCACACCGUACCUUAAGAUAGAAAACUUUUGCCGUUUGUCAACCAAAUUCUUUGUCAAGCAAAGCUUCUUCCUUUCCACAAAAGAUCCACGAUAUUUUGCACAAAUUUACAGGUAUAUUAAAGCUAAACUAGCCAAGCAGGCUAAGCCCAUAAACCAAAAUAUGGCAAAAUAUUUACAAUUCCCGCUCAUAUGAAAACAAUUUUGUUGAAAAAAAAGAAAAAGAAACUGCAAAUCUCUCCCAGAUUUACCUCUUCCCAUAGGCAAACUUGAAAACAAAAAUAAUUCAACAAAAAUCAGUGAGAUUUCAAACAAUAUCCUUGAUUUCGAAACAAUUUUUUGCGAUCUUUUCAGUAAAAAAUGCCCGCCAUUUUGUAAGUUUUCGGGGGGGUGAAUGCCUCUCCUUAGCGCACUGGCUAAGCUUUUGGUUACACUCAAACAUUAGCGUUUCGUAAUACAGUUACACCUCUGUCCAGUAUCUACUCUGUGCCUCUACGUCAGCUGUUGCUAGGCCUUUGUAAACUUUUGAAGCUUUAUCUAACUUGUGAAUUCCACUAAGCUUUUGCAAUAAAGUUUGUUGUUGUUUCUAUUUGGAGUUUGCUCGUCCAUUCGUUGCUGCAAAUCUAUAUCAAAAUUUUCAUUUUCACAUUGUGCUGAGUUUCUCAUUCACUUAAAUUCACUUACGGAUAUUUCUUUAAAGAUUUUUGGCUUCUUAUGCGAAGAGUCGAAGGCAAUAGCAAAAAUUGUGAGUUGUAUUUGGCUUUUGUCAGUUGAUUCAGUUUUAUACUGUUUGAAAUUUGUUCCUCGACCUUGCACUUUUGUUCAAAACAAUUUUAAGAACAUUUUGAACCACGUUUUGAUUGGCUGAUUAACGCGAGCGAACAAUUUUUUUUCGACUUUCGGCGUCUUGUUGUCUAUUUUGUAUACUUGUUGGCUUUCCAAAAUCAUUGUUUGUUUUACAAUAGCUAAAAUUGCGAGUCUUACUGCUUGUUUUCAAACUAUAUAAUAAAAGAAAAGAAGAAGAAAAAGCCAGAGUAUAUAUACUUAACAUCUAAACAUGACACUGGUGUGCGUAAAUAUAGCAAAGCCAUGGAAUUACAAGUGAGCAAGUGACCUCAGUGUACCUCAAGACCAAGCCAGUUAAAAGUGAGUUUUUCAUGUUUAUUGGAUUUAAAAAGAUAACUCCUCUACAUGAUUGUACAUUUUUAUAACUAUCCUAUGCUUUUUCAUCCGAAAUAAUCAUUGUUUUAUCUUCAAACUCCGAGUUUAUCCGCCGUAUAGCGAUUUAAACGGUCUCAAGAGACCGUAUAAGUUUACACGGUGGAUAGGCAAAAUUUAACCGGUGGAUAGCGCUAAACGGGCUUGAUACAACGCGAUUUCUCGAGCGUUUAAAUUUUAUCCGGCGGAUAGCGAGUUAAACGGUGGUUAGCGAGUUAAACGCCUUUGAUACAACCGGCCCCAGAUUGGUUAAUCGGCUAUACACGUAAAAACCAUAGAAAUAAAUCUAUUCUAUGGCAAAAACAAACGCACAACUUGUAACAAACCUGUAGCAGACUUGUAGCAAUGCUGUUCCAACAACUUGUCAUCAGGAUGUGUUCGCACUGCUUGUUCCCAGCUUGUUGACAAGUUCUCCACGGCUUGUUGACAACUUGCUACAAGAUUGUUGAGCUCAACAGACUUGUUACAAGUUGUUCCAACAACUUGUUAUCGUCCUGCAAUUCAACAAUUUGUCAACAAGUUGUGAGUGACAACCUUGUAGCAACUUGAUAAAAUAACAGCAUUGUUAGAACUUGUUGACAAGCUUGCUACAAGCCUGUUGCGAACACAUCUUGUUGACAAGUUGUGAGAUUUUCACAUGUGUAGAUUAAACGCACCUGAUUGGUCAAUGAUAGCGGUAGUGAAAGUCAAAUCUGUAUACCUAUUUUUAUACAUGCAACUUUUUGGCCGCGGUCAAAAAAUUUGAUUUAUUGUUAUGGUUGAUGGAACAACGGAAGCCUUAUUAAUUUGAUCUAUUUUUGACAGGAUUUAACCAAGGAAAGUUUAAUGCAGAUUCUUCGUGAUGUCCACGUUCCGGAGUUCACUCCAUCGAAUAAGGUGCUUGUUAAAGUUUGUCUUUCAGCCUAAGAGAAAUGUUUUAUUGUUUUUCUUAAUAAACAUUUUGCUGAUCCAAGUCCAACCAUUAAAAAGUCAAACUUUUUUACCCAUGCAACCUCAACUAUCAAAUAAAAAAUAAAUACCCACCCCUGGCCAAAGACGUUACAAAAGAUAACAUUUAGUUGUCACACAUGUCCUUUACCACUUCUGUGACACGAGUUUGAUAACUGCAUGGAUAAUAAAAUAAAUGGAUAGGAAACUAGCUGACGUGACCUAAUGUUUUUACUGGGAUUGAUGGCGUGGUUGGAUGCCUCAACCUAGUUGCAAACCAAAUUCUCAAAAACGGCAUGUUUAGCAAUAAUACAGCUAAACAUUUUAGUCAAAGAGCAAAUAAAUGUAACCACGCCAUUCUACGAUGAAAACUCUAAGUAUUCCCAGUCAAUUUUAGCAAAUAUCUCAAGCACUAAACAGUGAAAAAUACAUCGCAAAUUUCGUUAAAAUUUGUGACGCCAAUUUCGUAGCUACAAAUGUAAAAAAAUACAAAACAAAGACGAAAAACAUUUACCUUGAAUACUUUGUCGUGGCUUAGGCAUGUUUUUAAAACAAUUAGACCAGUUUACGCUUCAAGAUCACCCUUUUAAAGUGGAAAAUAUAGCAAAACAACAAAUAUGCCGAGAACUUUGGUAACAUUCGCAAUACGCGUGACGUCACGUUUUUCAACAAGGAUGCAGUCAAUGACGUCAGAAGUUUCCAAUCCAUUUAUUUUAUUAUCCAUGAUAACUGCUUGUGCAAUUUUCUGCAGUCUAAAGUUUCCAUGAUGAUUGAUUCACCAUGAUGAUUGAUUGAUCAAAUGAUCAGGAUAGUGACUGUGAUUGAUUUACAAGGAUGGGUUGACUACAAAAUUUUUGUAGUUCGCUAUAACUACAGCUACUGCAAAAAUAUGUAGUCAGCUACAACUACUGCUACUUUUGAACAAAGGUAGUUCGAUACUGACUACAGCUACUGCUUAAAAAAUGUAGCGAACUAUUUCGCUAUUUCGCUACGCUAUAUUUUUUAGUUUUACUAUAUUUGGAGCAUCUACUAACUCAGGCUGUAAUGUAACCUAUAACAAAUCGACUUACGAGUAGCAACAGUAAACACAAAGCAACAUUUUUGUAAGCACUAUAGCACAGACUAUAGUGUUCGGGAGUGCAAAUUGACUAUUGAGGAUUGAUUUUAAGCAAACCGUGUCUCAAUAUCAUGCUAUUCUAUCAAGUUGCUAACAAUUUUAAAAUGUAGCGGAUAGCAAUUCGCUGUUUGAAAAGUAGUCAACUACUUGCUACUUUUAGGCAAAAUGUAGUUCGCUAUAACUACAGCUACUGUUUUAAAAAAGUAGUAAAAAACUACUGGCUACUUGAAAAUUGUAGUUCGCUACAGUAGCGAACUACAACUACUUCGCUACUACCCACCCUUGUUGAUUUACAUAUUGUAUUGACAUUUGACUGUUGACAUUGCUUUUUAGUCUUCAAUAUUUGAAAGUGCGAAAACAUUUUGUUGAUAAGCUGCGAGAUUUUUGCGCUUGCAAACCGUGGGGCAUGCUCAGAAUUUUACUUCGACUGCUUUUUAGCAAAAAUUGCCCCGUGUAACAUUGCCUUAAGAUAAUUUAUUUUCUCCAUGGAAUUGUUCUGGUAAUUUAUUUAUCCAUCUUUUUCCUUGAGAAUUUUUCCCAUCAUCUUCCGUUUUUUACUAAAGUAGAAUGUUCUCUUUUUCUAUUUCUAGACCAUUGACGUUGACGAAAGCGAGCAGAAACCGUCAGAAAAAGUUGAAGACGAAGACGUUUUGCUACAAGCUUGCAAAUUUUUAGUACAUUUUCUAAGUUCACAAGGUUUUGAUAAAGGUAUAUGGUUUUGGCCUCAAGUAGUUUAUGAAAUGAUAUGACCACGUUUGCAUGUAGCAAGGCAGCAUUUGAAGGGUUUAAGAAGCAGAUACUUCAGUUUGAGCGGCGAGUGUAUGGCUCUCAAGGAGCUCUGAUGGGGCAAGUUUUUCCGUUCUCCUUGUAUUUUUUAGGUAGUUGUAUCCCCAUCAAUCAGUAACUCUCUUGUUAUCGUUGCAAAACCUACACACGUAAAAACACACAAGUUGUUGCAGGUCUGCAAACAAGUUGUUACAAAUCUGUUCACAAGCUGUCGACAAGUUGUCUUCGCACUGCUUGUUCCCAGUUGUUGUAACAAGUUUGGAACAAGCUGUUAACAAUUUGUAACAAGCUUGAUGGCAUUAUCAGACUUGUUACAAGGUUGUUCUAACAAGUCUGAUACAGUCAUGAUAUAACAAGGAUGUUACAAGGUUGACGACACAAGGUCGUAACAAUAUUGCUAUAUCAUGACUGUAUCGGACUUGUUGGAACAACCUUGCAAGUUGGAACAAGUCUGAUAAUAUCUACAAGGUUGUUACAAAUUGUUAACAGCUUGUUCCAAACUUGUUAACAACUUGUAACAAGCUUGAUGGCAUUAUCAGACUUGUUACAGGGUUGUUCUAACAAGUCUGGUAGACUGAUACAGUCAUGAUAUAACAAGAGUAACAAUUCUAACAAUAUUGUUAUAUCAUGACUGUAUCGGACUUGUUGGAACAACCUUGCAACAAGUCUGAUAAUGCCAUCAAGCUUGUUACAAGUUGUUAACAGCUUGUUCCAAACUUGUUGACAACUUGGGCACAGGCAGUGCGACAACUUGUUGACAGCUUGUUGCCAGACUUGCUACAAGAUGUGAGAUUUUUGCGUGUGUACACUGGCAGAGAGCGUGCUUUUUUUAUAUUUCUCUUUCCUCACGAGUUAAUCUAUUUUCUGUUUCAGCAAUGCUAUCACAGUCACCGUUGGAAUUUGAAAAAGAUGACGAUAGUAAUGGACACAUAGACUAUAUUACUGCUUGCUCGGUAUGUUUAUAGUGAGCGGUUGUGUUGAUCUGACCUUAUGCUAUACAGGUUGUACACACGUAAAAAUCACACAACUUGUCAACAAGAUGUGUUCGCAACAGGCUUGUAGCAAGCUUGUCAACAAGUUAUAACAAUGCUGUUAUUUUAUCAAGUUGCUACAAGGUUGUCACUCACAACUUGUUAUGAAGUUGUUGAAUUGCAUGGCGAUAUAACAAGUUGUUAGAACAACUUGUAACAAGUCUGUUGUGCUCAACAAUCUUCUAGCAAGUUGUAAGUUGUUAACAGGCCGUUGAUAACUUGUCAACAAGCUGGGAACAAGCAAUGCGAACACAUCCUGUUGGCAAGUUGUUGGAAUAGCAUUGCUACAAGUCUGCUGCAGGUUUUUUGAAGUUGCGGCCAGAUUUGGUUCCGACUGAAGGCUAAAAUAUUGCUUCAAAUGUACACCUAGAUUAAAUGGGAGAGCUACAUUAGUAUACGAACCUCACAUGGUUUAAAUGAUGUGUUGUUCUCUUAGAAUCUUCGCGCAACGAUGUACAAUAUUGAAAAUGCUGAUCGUUUUAAAACAAAGAAGAUUGCUGGGCGGAUUGUUCCUGCCAUUGCAACGACAACUGCUGCCGUGUCUGGUCUGGUAAGGAAUGCUUAGUUAAUAUACAUUGACAAAGCAAACCUCCUCUGCCCCCCCCCCCCGCCACCCCCGUUCAACAUUGUGAACAACCCCGAAACAACUCACAGUAACUUACCAUGACACAAGCUCAACAUUGAGUUGGGCAGGGGGGGGAGGUUAAGGAGGGCCAACAUAACUGUACAGAUAAUUUAUCAUGAGGGGUUUGCGGAUUUUGUUUAUGGGAGAAGAUUGCAGCUGACGUCACACAGUAGAUUAAACUCCAUUGUACUUUCAACGGUUUAUGAAUGAUAUUUUUUCUUUGUUCAGGUGACCAUCGAAUUAAUGAAAGUAAUUAAAGACAGUCCGUUUGACGAUUAUCGAAACUGCUUUCUCAAUCUCGCUCUACCUGUGUUUGUAUUUUCUCAGCCAGCACCAGCCACACGUACUGUCAUUAGGUAUGUUGUUAGGUAGGGCUUUCUUGCUGUUUAGAUUAGCAUAAUUUGGACACAAAUUUUGCCCGAGUCGAAGGUUACAAAGGGCUGCCACCAUACGAGGGUCUAUUGAGUUGUAUUUUUAGGUCUGAAAACUGUAUAAAAUUCACAUCGAAAUUUUCAGUAAAGCAAUGACACAGAAUAAAUAUCAUAUAAAUACCAUACCAUAUAACGCAUUUAAAGAGGUAGACCAGAUCUAGAUACUCGUAGCCGCACGAUUCGUAAAGUAAUCAACAAUUAUCCGAUCUGUGGACCAGAAAAUAUUCAAUAUUUUCGAAUAGGGAUGGUUUGUCGUUCACAUUGUGGGAUAGAUGGGAAGUUCAUGGAAAUAAAACGUUCACACUGAAAGAUUUUAUCAAACACUUUAAGGUAACUACAUACUUGUAUUUACAUUCUUGUUAAUGAUCAUUUUUCUUGUCCGGCACCUUCGCUCUCCUUUUAGCAGCGCAACCUAGAUGUAUAUUUGCACUUUUUUAGGACAAAUACAAUUUUGAAACGACUCUUGUCUCAGUUGGUGUGAAAAUGCUGUAUAUGCCGAUACUGCCAGGACAUAUGAAACGUCCUAAACAAACGUAAGUUUUUUUCUGUGUUGGUGAUUUGUGUUGGUGCAAUGUACUCAGGUGAAUAUGAUGCUUGUGAUGUUACUCUGGGCUAGUAUUCCAAAGGUCGUAGGUUCGAUUCCCACCGUGGUCAGGCAUAUUUUUCAAGCUUGCCCGGUGUGGAUAUACACUCAGAGUAACAUCACAAGCAUCAAACGUAAGUUGCUUAAGUAAUACAUACAGCCGUAUUGCAUCAGAUAUCAUAAACUGGAGCCGAAGGCGAGAGGUGUAUGCGGUCUAAUACAAUUAACCCGGACUUCAACAGUUAUAUUUUCAAAUAAAUUUUUCAACAAGAAGUGAUUUUAACUGAGAAAUCGAGGGAAAAGUUUGUGCAAAUAAGGAGCCGAAUUUGUAUAUGUGGAUACAUCAGCUCAUUAAACAUUGAUUUCAUUUUCUUCUAUUUUGUACACAGAAUGCUGAAGUUGGUGAAUCCUGCACCAGAAUCAAAAUACGUCGAUCUUAUUGUGUCCUUCACUGAAGAAGGAAAGUCAGACGAAGACGAAGACCUACCAGCUCCCCCUGUUCGAUACUAUUUUGGUAACUGAAGACAACCCCUCCCCCCCC